AUGUUCGAAAUUCGAAAAUGUCGAAAAGUAACAGGAGUUGCAUACAAAGCACCAGAUCCUUCACCUCUACCAAAAGAUAGAUUAUCGUCCGAAGAACCAUUUACUAUAUCAGGCGUCGAUUUCAGUGGUUCGCUUAACAUCAAAGGAGACGAUGGACUACUUCGAAAAGUGAAUAUAUGUUUGUUUACAUGUGUCAUUACUCGAGCUAUUCAUCUUGAAAUAGUUCCAGAUAAGACUGAAAAAUCUUUCAUGCUAGCUUUUCAUAGAUUCAUAAGUAGAAAAUCGAUACCCAGAGUUAUGAUAUCAGACAAUGCUACAACAUUUGUUGCCGCUGCGGAGAAAAUACGUAAGUUAACGGACUCUAAAUAUUUACAUGACAAAUUAUGCAAAUUUGGAACCACAUGGAAAUUCAUACCCAAACGUGCCCCAUGGUACGGCGGAUUUUGGGAAAGACUGGUUGGACAAACUAAAAAUGGUCUAAAAAAGAUUCUUGGACGCGCAUGUAUAGAUUUACCUCUGUUACAGACAUUAGUUGUGGAAAUUGAAGCUAACCUUAACAAAAGACCGCUUACCUAUAUAUCGUCGGACAUUGCUGAUUAA